GUCAACUUCCCUGGAUAUUGGGCUGAGUAACUGGAGCUUCCUAUACGUCACUGUCUCCCUCUACACGAUGACCAAAUCCUCUGCCAUUAUCUUCAUCCUGCUUUUUUCACUGCUCUUCAAGCUGGAGGAAGUGAGGGUGGCAUUGCUGCUGGUGGUUCUGCUCAUCGCUGGGGGCCUCUUCAUGUUCACCUACAAGUCCACACAGUUCAACACACAGGGCUUUGUGCUGGUGCUGUGUGCCUCUUUCCUUGGGGGUAUUCGCUGGACUCUCACGCAGAUCCUUAUGCAGAAGGCUGAACUGGGGCUCCAGAACCCCAUUGAUAUCAUGUUUCACCUGCAGCCGCUCAUGUUCCUGGGGCUCUUACCACUCUUUGCGGUGUUUGAGGGCCUGCCUUUGUCCGUAUCAGAGAAGCUCUUCCAUUUCCAUGAAGCAGAAAUGCUGUUGUCUCUGGUAGGGAAGCUGUUCUUGGGUGGAAUUCUUGCCUUUGGUCUAGGCUUUUCUGAGUUCCUCUUGGUUUCCAGAACAUCUAGCCUCACCCUUUCCAUUGCUGGCAUUUUUAAGGAAAUCUGCAUUUUAUUCCUCGCCACACGUUUGCUGGGAGACCGCCUCAGUCUCCUGAACUGGCUGGGCUUUGCUGUCUGUCUGUCAGGAAUCUCCCUUCAUGUCAUUCUCAAAGCCAUGAAUUCCAAAGGUGAAAAAGCACUGAAGCUGCACAAAGAGACCAGCUCCGACCCUGACCUGGAGCUGCUGCUGCGCCACACUGAACAUGGUGCAGAGGAGGAAGAGGAUGUUGAAACCCCACAACACCACUGACUGAACAUGAAGCACAAAGGCCCCUGCUCUGUUCUUACCAAACCUGCCCGACAGCUAUCUAGGAGGAAGGUCCAAGAGUCUCU